AUGGAACUACUAGUUGUGCAGCUGCUCCUUACCCUUGGGCUGGCCGUUCUCCUCUUCCUUGCCAUUUUCCGUCUGACCACAAGGAAUUCACGUCCUGCUCCCACCCCCACCGUGGUCACCGACCCUGAUAUCGCUCGGCUCAUGCUAAGUGACCACGCCGAUGCCUUCUCCAACCGCCCCACAGCGCACUAUCCCGCGGACUUCAGCGAAAGCCAUAGCAUAAACAGUGUUCCCUAUGGCCCGACAUGGCGGGCGCUUCGGGCGAACCUCAUGGCCGACAUCCUCCACCCCACACGCCUCGGUCUCCUCUUGCCAUUCCGGCAGGAAGCCGUCGCGGCACUCAUCGCCAACCUCUCCACCCAGGCCCCCGGUGAAGCGGUUGUCCGGAACAGCCUCCACGCCGCCGCGUUUGCGCUGACGGUGCGCAUUUGCUUCGGCGAUGGCGUUGGUGAGUGCUAUGUGCGUGCCAUGGAGCGUGAGGUGCUGCAGUUCAUAACCACCUUCGUGGAAGACAGUGCCUUGUUAGCAGGAUCAAGCAGGUUGACAAGGCUCCUGCACUGGAGGCGGUGGCUGCGCUUCUCCGGCACAUUCAGCCGGGUAUCCAAGAUUGUCCUCCCUGUCAUCGCAGCCCAGCAGAAGUCUCGACGUACCCAUGGAGGCACCACCGGCAUCCGCUCUUAUGUUGACUCCCUCCUCGACCUCCGCGUCCCUGUGAGUGAUGAUGAUGCCAUGGCAACAAGCAAGCGCCCGCUCACGGACAAGGAAAUAGUGAGGCUUGUGUUUGAGUUCCUGGGCGCGAACACCGAGUCGACCGUGUCAUGUGUCGAGUGGACGCUUGCCCACUUGGCCAUCCAUCCGGAGAUUCAGAAGAAGCUACGCCAUGAGAUCACUAGUACUGUUCCUCAUGGCAAGGGCACAUUGGUCUCCGAGGAGAGCCUCCAUCGCCUACCGUACCUGCGGGCUGUUAUUCUCGAGAGCCUCCGGCUGCAUUCACCGGUGCCGCUCAUUUUGCGCGAUGUCAGCGCCGAUGACGCGGCGAUUUGUGGAACACCAGCAGCAUCAGCUGAUGGCGCGCCGGUGCUCUUCGUCGCUGACAUACGCGAGAUCGGGAGGAGCACGAAGGCAUGGAUGGACCCCGACAAGUUCUGCCCGGAGCGGUUUCUCGCUGGCGGUGAGGCGGAAGGCGUGGGCCCUGUGCCAGGGCCGAAGGAGAUCAGGAUGCUGCCGUUCGGAGCAGGGCGGAGGUAUUGCCCUGGGGUAGGGGUGGGCAUGGUUCAAGUAGGGUGCUUCCUCGCAGCACUCGUGCGUGAGUUCGAGUGGUCACUGCCGGCAAACUGCGACAGCAUUGACCUAACGGAGUUUCGUGCCUUCUUCAUGGUGAUGAAGACGCCACUCAGGGCUCGUAUCACACCACACACGGUGACUACGUGA